AUGUCUGCUGUCUUAAAAAGACACGCUACUCCUAAUCCUCCCUGUUUUCUGGCGCCGCAAUAUAUGCCGAGGCAAGUAGCGGAGCGGAUCGCCGCUCGGAGGAAGAGCGACGCGUCCAAACCUCCUGCGCUCAGUACUACGACGCCACGCCGUCGGCGAAGAUCCACGGUAUCACGCCGCACCGUCGGGAAAACACCCUUGGUUGAGGAUGCGUCGCAGGCUGUGGCGCGCGAGACGACUGUGGCACGCCAAGUGCUCCCCAUGCAGGUUAUGGAUACCGGCGCGAAAGCAGGCCCUCUCACCCAGUCAAAAAAAUCCUCUGAAUCGGGAGCGGAUCAGUGGUUCAAACGAGCCUGGCAGCAACUCCAUGCAGAGGGCCGCAUCGAAAACCCUGAACCCCCGAAUCCAGUGGUGCCUGAAGACGAGCAGUACCAACGCGACCUCACCAAGGUACGUGAACUGCACGAGAUGUGGUUCCAGCAUCUCGUCGCCAGGAGCUUGGAAGAGGACAACGCCAAGAGACAAGCUACUCUUGCGCUGCUCUCGUCCAGUAGUGACAGUGGCUUUGGUGGCAGCAGCCUAAUAGAUACCUCGAGAUUCACGUCUGAGAUCCGCGAGGCAAGCGGCAUUCCGUCCAUGGCGAAACUGCGAACGCGCGUCCGCAUACGCAGGUCCCUCGUAGAACACUUCCUCGGCGCUGACAACCGAUCCGUCCUCUUCCUUCGGGAGGAGGACAUGUUAAUACCUAAGCUGAACAGUCCGGGGGAGCACGGUUCCUUCUAUGUGCGACAUGCCCAAUUUCAGUCUCGUAUACGGAGGAUGCAUGAGCCCCUCAGAGACAGCCUUGCGUUUGAGCACCACCGCCCUUCUCAAGCACAGCCAUUCAGCUUGUUCGUGCACCGGGGAGCUGAAUGGGUCACGUACUUUGGAACGUACAGAUUCGUUCAGACGUGGGAUUGGAUGCCUCUGCCAAUUUGGCUGAGCCUUGACGAAGAGGUGAAGCAGGACGUCUUGCGCAGUUGGCACGCGUCUGACCCCACUCGGAACUGGCGCGCUCGACUGGACGUGGGGCAGAGCGGGAUCACCCUUGCCGUUCUGCAGAACAUGGGCUAUGAUGAGCUGCUGGGCACAGCAUUUGUAUUCCUGGCGCAAGGAAGGAGUGUACUUUGGAAACGGGAGUAG